CUUAAUCUGGUGGUAUCCCGAUUUCAAAUCCAGUUUGGAGAAAACAGUAACACCCCCAAGUUCAUCUAGUAGUUCUUCAAUUAUAGGUAUAGGAAAUUUGUCAGGUAUGGUUAUCUUAUUCAAAGCCCGGUAAUCACCACAAAAUCUCCACCCACCAUCAUUCUUUUUGACCAACAAUACCGGGCUGCUGUAUGGGCUGGUGCUGGGUUGAAUAAUUCCUGUAUUUAGCAAUUCCUUGACAAUCUUCUCUAUUUCAUCCUUCUGGUAGUGAGGGUAUCUGUAAGGCCGGAUAUUAGGAAUUUCAGCUCCCUCCUUGAUGUUUAUAGUAUGAUCACAGCUCCUCUUUGGAGGUAACCCCUAGGGUAUUUGAAAUACCUCUUGAUGUUGGUUCAACAUUUCUUCCCGAUGACUCCCAGGUGUAGCUCCAGUUAUUGGUAUUGUUGGAGAGCUCUCACAAGAAAUGUAAAACCCCUGGCCUUUGUUUUUCAGAGCUUUCACCAUUGUCUUCCAGGAGGCCUUCACUUGACUUAGUGUGAGAUCUCCCUGCAGUUUUCUUUCUCUUCCAUCUUCAUACCAUUUGAUAGUAAGGCAUUGAAAAUUGAAUUCUACAUUACCCUAACUGGCCAACCAUUCACCCCCCAACACCAAAUCAGUACCUCCCAGCUCCAGAAUGUAGAAGUUUUGUGUAAUACCAAUGCCUUGCAUCUGAAUUUGCAUCCCCAUACAUCUCCCAUUGUUGCUAAUCCUGUCUCCAUUGCCCAGUUCUACUUGAAACCCUUCAAUUUCCAUGUAUGGUAACUUUUUUGCUUCCACCAAAGUGCGAGAGAUGAAGUUGUGAGGAGCUCCACUAUCCACCAGCAUCAGUACUGUUCUGUGAUGCCCGUAUAUCAGCAACUCUCCUUCCAGUUUGAAUGUUUUGGGCGUGGUGAUCCCUUGUUUACUCAUGGCAGACAAAAGCAUAGGUUGGGAUUCUACAGAGGUAAUCUCUAACUCUGUUUCCCCUUCCUGAACAUCCUUCACUUCCUCUUCGUCUGGCUCAUCCACAAUAAUAAGCUGGCUGUGUUUCAUUUGGCAUACAUGUUCCUUUCCCCACCUUUCCCCGCAUUUAAAACAUAACCCCUUCCUGCUUCUUUCUUGUAGUUCAGUUUGUGUCAACCUCUGACUUUGUUUCCAGUUGGUGUUUGGUUCAGUAGAUUCCACCACACGGUUUUCAGCUUUAAUUUUGUCAACAGCAUUGGCUUGGGACUUCCAUUUGCUUCCAUCUAUCCAUUGUUGUGGUUUAGCCAGUGUUCCUCCCUUUUCCUUUCCCCAUCUUUGUUCUCCCUCCUUCAGUUUGCCACCUCUUAGGGCAGCAUUCUUUCCUUCCAGAACCGUAGAUAUAUCCAUAAGCUCAGGUAGUGUAGCUUUAGGAUACAAUUUCAGUUCUUCCUUCACCUCAUCCUUUAACCCAUUAAGGUAUAUUCCUUUCAACAUUUGCUCAUCAGUGUUUUUCAAGGUCCCAACCACCAUUUCAUAACGUUGCCUGUACUCCAUCACUGAACCAGUCUGCUUCAAACUGAGCAUUGGCCCAAAAGGAUUCUGUAAAAGCUCCGGUUGGAAUCUCCUCAUAAGUGCAUCUUUGAACAAUUCCCAGGUUCUCUCCUCUGUCUUCCCCUCCCACCACUGAAACCAGUUCAAUGCUUUUUCUUCCAUAGCCAACAUCACCAGUUCCAUCUUCUCCUGCUCGGUUACCUGAUUUAAUUUGAAGAACCUCUCUACUCUAAUAAUCCAUCCACGAACAUCUUCACCAUUAAACAAAGGCAAAUCCACCUUCCUACCAGUCCUUUCAAAGCCUCUAUUCACACGAUAUUGUUCAUGUACGUAAGAGGAGUGUGGCGACACAUGCGGAUUACCUUGGGAGGGCGACGACGAACCAGUACUCGCAGUAGAAGAUCGACGCCGAUGUGUUCGCGAUCUACCCCUGGACUUCCGUCGAUCCUUGUUCACCGUCAUUUGUCGCAACUCAUGUAAGUCGGCCAUCAUUUCUUCCAUCGAGCUCCGCAUAUUACGCAUUUCAUCCACCACGGAUUGCACUUUUGUGUUGUUUCGUUCCAUGUUCUGUUCAAUGCUAUCCAGUCGAUUUUCCAUUUUCAACCUCGUAAAUCUCAUUCACAGGUUACAGGACAGACGACUCUGAUACCAAUGAUAGAUAUCUAAAUCUGUAAACUGAAUUUUAUUAAGGAGUAAGGAAUUUUGAGGAAUUCUCAGAGUAAUUCCGUAGAUGUACAGAGGGAAAAGUAUGUAAUAAGGAAUCUAGAGGAAGAACAAUGACAAUUUCUCUCUCUGGCCCAGCCCAGCCAACCAAAACAAAAAACCAGCCUACUCUUUAUUAACCCUCCCGCCCCUAUUUAUAUCUUCCCGUACUCACUUAUACAACUUUAUUAACUCCUGCCCCUUUUCCCUUCCUUACAUACACUUUAUUAUAAUACUCCACACCCCUUGGCCUAUCAACAUGGCAGCAAAGGCAAUGGGGGGAAGCCGCAGAUGGCUGGUUUCAAUGGUGGGAUUUUCAGAAGGGAGAAGAUAGUUGGGAGGCUCUAAAGGAAGAUUUGAUUAAGGAAUUUCCACCUAGACACCGGCAGAAGACAGGGAAGACAGAAAGGCAAGAAUCUUCAAGGUCACGAAGAACUUCCUCCAGUUCGCAAUCUUCUACGCGAACUAAUGUUACCCCAUGUUCGAAAUUGAGUACCACUUUGCCCAGCUCGCUAAUUAGUAAUUAAUCAUCAUCCUCGAUCAUCAUCAGAAGGAAUUUUUACUGAUUUGCAGAUGUCAUCAAAGCUUUUGUCCCAGGUUUCCGAGUCAGCUCAAGCUUCUAUGCGGGAAAUUUCAUUGAGGACACCAACUCUUGAGUGGAAUAUGGCUGGAUUAUCAGUUUCAAAUGAACCUGUAAUCAAUAUGGAACCAACUGAACCUGUAAUCAAGCAAAGGAAUAAGAAGGAUGAAAUCAAGGAGGAAUGGCAGGAUAUUCAAUGGUCAGAUUCUGUUUCCCCUAAUCUUGGAGACUAUUUGGAUUUAAUUCCCAGACAAGCUGUUAUGGUUGACAAGCUUGUUCAACCACGUUCUUCUGGUAGUAGAGUCCUGAUUGCUCCUGAAAAUGGAUUACUUAAAAUAAAGAAAGUUGCAGAAGAUAAAGCUGUUCUUGUCAAAAGUUUAUCAAUGGAAAUGUUUUCAGAAAAUUCAUACAUUGAUAAAAGGAGGAUGGAACCAGAGGCUCAGGAGUCCCAUGCUUAUCCUUUCCAUGGGAAAUAUGCUAUCAUCUUAGAAAACAAAACAAUUCAUGAUGUUGGUUCUUUGCCUGCUGAGGUAUCCAAAUUAGUGCAAGGAGUACAGGUAGCAAAAUUGCAGCUAAUUGUUGAGUGCAAGAUAAGCUGCCACAAGCUUGGCCUAUAUAAUUCUUUUAAAGCACCAGAAAAACAUCUAAGGUUGGGAGACAUCUGUGCAAAGACAGCUCAUAGCAUCUUAGUUCAUGAGAUUACUGAUUUUUUCUCAAGGUUAUUACAGAAGAUGGCUCCUAAGAGUUACCGGCAAACUCUAGGAAAAGUUGUUGUUACACAAAAAAAUUCAGAAAAUUUCUAUGGUGAACCGGUUUGUUUCCUGGCAGGGUCGUUUGGAGUGCCAGAAAUGCCAAUGGUUUGUUUAAUUGUUCUAGAUGGGGGUGUAGAGUGGGGCUAUUGGUUUCAGAUGACUACUGUGGGUAAAGAGAUCAGGGCUAAAGACGAGGGAGGUUGUAAGCCAGGCUGCCCAAAAGGCAAAGAAGAUAUUGCAGAGUUUCCUUCUGGCAGUUGUAUAUCCAUAGUAGGAACAGCAGCAGAUGCUCUAAUUGCAUGGAGUGAAGCGACUGAAACUCAAGGACUUGAGUUAUAUCCUGAAGCCAAAGCUAUUAACAAAUGGAAGGGUGAGAAAUGGAUGAUAGGUGAAGAUGUUGGAAAUAUAGAAGUGGAACCCUAUUUGCUGGAAAGAAUAGUUAAGUAUCAAUGUGCUGAGUAUCUAUGUGCAGCUUUUCCUUUGCUUAGCAAUACCUCAGUAUACAUCUGGCAGCACAGAGCAUCAGAAUCCAGAUUGGUGGUGGGGUUUGUAAGCUACCAGAUAUCUUUGGGUCUUCGGGCAAUGAAGUCCAUGGCUCCACAAUCAGUUAGGUAUUGGGAACGUAGAGGAGCAAGAAAGAAGAAGAAGCAAAAGAUCUUGGCGGUUUCCUAUCGCCCACCUUGAGGGCAAGGUGGAUGUUUAGGGGGGGGAGUAUUGAUAGGAACCAGCCUAUGAGAGUAGUAGAAUAUUAUUAGAAAUAAUAAUAAUAAUAGUAAUAAGUGUUUGUAAGUAUUCUAGUAUAAAUAGACGGGAAGGGGAAUUAGUAAGGAGGCUUUUGGACAUUCUGUCUUGGGACUGGGAAAGAUCGGAGAAUAAUUCUCUCUAUCUUUUGGGGGCUUCGGCUCAUUUGGGAGGCUUUGGCCUUGGAUUACUGUACUGUUCAUCUUCUUCUCUAAUAAAAUCAGUUUGAUUUCUUAUUCUCUUUCUGGAAUUUGUUCUGGAAUCUUGGGGUAUCACAAUGGCAUUCACAGUUGGCGUGCGGUUCGCCAAUGACCUGGACUUACAAAUUAUUGUACACUCUGGUAUUCCUUUAACAACAUUUACCCUAGAUAUUGAUCCACUUUAGUGUCUCUUUGUUGUAGGAACAUCAUAAUUUAAGUUUAAGUUGUGUCAAUCUGAUAUUUUCCUAAGUGUGAGACUGUGAGUGAUGCUGUUGUAACUCCUGUAAGGUUAUAGGGAGUAUGAGCUAAUAUUAUGAAAGGUAUGUAGCUGUUGUGCUGUUGUUUUCUAAGCUUCUUAUAACUUAGGUGUAUUUGCUUGAGCAAUGAGAGGAACUCCUAUGAUGAUGCUCCCACGGCCUUCAUGCAAGAACUCAAGAGUUUAUAAAAUUAAAUGUUAUAACCUCUAGCAUGGGUGAUUAUCUUUUUAUGAAGUGUAACACUACAAAUAGUAAACUCUAAAAUUUUGUUAUCCACAGACAAAAAUUUAUCUUCUCCCUUAUUCCUGAAACUAUAAACAAUUUUCACUGAUUAUCCAUCCUUUACAAUCUUGCUAUAGAACUUAUUCCUCAUAUACUGUACGGUGUGGGGACCCUUCAAGUGUGUUAUUCGUUUUCAAUUGAAAUCAAUUUCAAUAUGGACCUCAUAUAGUUAUGGAGCUGUUUAAACUCAAUUUAUAAAAUGUAACUCUUAAAGCUGUUUUUAAAAUGUGCAGAAAAACUGUGUAAAUUUGCUUAAUGGGGCAAUGGAAUAUAUGAAGAUAGCAAAUAACGAAUAAACUUCCUCUUUGUCAGGAUAAUUUAGGUUCCAUUAAAAAAAAUCCAUUUUCUUUAAUGUUCUCAUAUAAGAAUGUUCAUUGUUCAUUUCCAGACUAAGAGAGAAAAUUGAUCCUUUAAUGAGGCUUGGGCUAUUGAAGUUUGCAACUGAGAUUGAGGGUUUCACCAAAGAAACACUACCCGAGACUGAAGCUGAAAUUCUACAGAUUAUGUGCUGCUCGAUCUGAGCUUUAAAAAAUCAUUGUUAUCUAUAUCAGGUGGCUUAAUGAUCAGGUUUUACUUUUGGAAAACAAGAGAAAACCGCAUUUGGACAUCAAGUUGACUUUUUAUUAUGAAUUUGUCAUUUAAAUCAAGUUCUUAUAUUAUAUUUGGGAUUGUUAGUAUGUGGUAUUCGGAUUUUUAUAUUAACUCAAAAGAUCUUUAUAUUAGCUACUACGUAGUACUCCAUGUUUUAUGUUUCAUACUUAUUCAAAUUAUAAAAAGAUUUGCACUUGAGAUUUAGUGGUGAUUGAAGUGUAGAUUUUAUUUUAAUCUUCAAUUGUAGUUG